CGUUCUUUCAGUCUACUCGCAACCUCUGGAGGAGGUGGAUUACUCGUGUUCGUUCGCUGUCAAACGCGUUUCGGUGUGAUUUGUGUUUUUAUUGUGGUGUACAAUGGCUUACAACGGUGGUAGUGGCAAGAGACUGUGCUUAGGAACCGACCUGGACGUAGAGAGGAGUAAUGGCAACAAUUACAUGUCAGGCGAGCCAAGGCGUAAGCGCGAGAUGCCCGCGCGGCCGAACCACAUUCUGCUCUACACCAUCAUCAACCCGGCUUAUCCCAUCACUGUGGAUGUCAUACACACGAUCAGCACGCCACACGGCCAAGUACAGAGGAUUGUCGUCUUCAAGAAGAAUGGAGUGCAGGCGAUGGUUGAGUUCGAGAGCAUCGAAUCUGCGACGCGAGCAAAAGAAGCUCUACACGGCUGCGACAUUUACUCCGGAUGCUGCACUCUCAAAAUCGAAUUUGCCAAGCCUGAAAGACUAAACGUUUUCAAAAAUGACCAAGACAGCUGGGACUACACAUUGUCAGAAGACGUCCAGCCAACACAGCGAAGUGCACCACUCCUGCAGUCUCCUCAGUACACUGGCGGCAGACCACAGCCAUACAAUCCGACCACAGUGACGUCACAAGCGCCGAGACCAUGCAGCGAGGACUCAUGCAGUCAGCACAGUCAGAUGUCUUGUGAUCAGAACGAUAUGGACUUCGGUAGUGGAGGUCCACCGCCUCCAGGAAUGAUGAAAGAUAGACACGGUCCCCCUCCACCGCAUCACCCGCGAGAUGGUCGUGGUUACGGUCCAGAAGGUUACGGUGGUGAAGGCUUCGUACCACCUCCCCCGAUGCACCACCCGCCAAUGCCACCACAGAAUCAGGGUGGUCCCCCUCAACAAGGAGCAGUAAUGAUGGUAUACGGGUUGGACCCGAAUACGGUCAACGCAGAUCGAUUGUUCAACCUUUGCUGUUUAUACGGAAAUGUUGUGAGAAUAAAGUUCCUGAAAACGAAGGAAGGCACGGCGAUGGUUCAAAUGGGAGACGGAGUGUCCGUCGAGCGAUGUGUUCAAAACCUCAACAACGUCACCGUCGGCGACUACACUCUCACACUCGCUUUCUCAAAACAGGCGUACCUAUCGGAAGUAAUGAACCCUUACCCCCUACCAGACAAGAGUCCCUCGUUCAAAGACUACGUCGGCAACAAAAACAACCGUUUCUUGACGCCCGCCUCCAUACACAAGAACAGGAUACAGCCUCCGUCCAAGGUUCUGCAUUUCUUCAACACGCCGCCCGAUGUGUCGGACGAACAGCUGUUACAGGUGUUCCAGGACUACGGAGUGACGCCUCCUCAUACCAUCUCCAAGUUCCCGCUGAAGAGCGAAAGAUCGUCGUCGGGUUUGAUGGAGUUCCAGAACAUAUCUCAGUCGGUGAUGGCCAUCAUGGCGUGCAAUCACGCGACCAUACAGCACCCAGGUGCAAAAUUCCCGUUCGUUAUGAAGCUCUGCUUCUCGUCGUCGAGGCAGAUCGGGCAGGGCAAGGGACAGACUCCGACGAAGAACCAGAACCACAACCAGAACCAAGACAACAACCGACAAGGCCACGACAACGGCAUCGACCAGGACUACUACUAACGGCGAUGUGGCGGCGAACACACAAACACACAUAUCAAGACGGACGGCACACAGACACACACAGGCACACCACUACGAGUGCAAGGGGAAUGGGGAUAACAUGGGGAUUGCCAUUGCUUAAUUAUAA